AUGUUGCACAAGCAUAACCCAAAGCACGUCCACGAACGCUCGGAACACUUCGGCCGUAGUGGCGAUUCGCUUUCGAACAGCUACAAGCUGUUGUCGGACGAUCUUCAAAAGAUCGCUUUAGAAGGCGACAGUGAGUUGCAGACUAAGCACAGGUCGCUUGGCAGCUCUUACACGAUCCCUCAAACGGGGCUGCCAAGUGAGGCAGCCUACGAACUAGUUCACAACGAGCUGACGCUUGACGGUAACCCACAUCUCAACCUGGCCAGUUUCGUGAGCACAACGUCGACACAGACCGCGCGCAGACUCAUUAUGGAGAACAUCGAGAAGAACCUGGCGGACAACGACGAGUAUCCACAGAUGAUCGAGCUAACGCAGCGGUGCAUUUCAAUGCUGGCGCAGCUGUGGAAGUGUGGUAAAGACACGAAACCUCUCGGUUGCGCGACUACAGGGUCGAGUGAGGCUAUCAUGCUCGGCGGGCUGGCGAUGAAGCGCCAGUGGGAGAAAAAGAUGAAGGAGGCCGGCAAGUCGACUGAAAAGCCUAACAUCAUCAUGUCUAGCGCAGCGCAGGUCGCGCUGGAGAAGUUCGCUCGCUACUUCGACGUGGAAUGCCGUUUGGUGCCCGUUUCGCACGAGUCGGACCACCACUUGGACGCGGCUAAGCUGUGGGACUACGUGGACGAAAACACCAUCGGGUGCUACGUGAUUCUGGGUACGACGUACACCGGUCACCUGGAGAACGUGGAGGAGGUGGCAGACGUGCUCUCGCAGAUCGAGAAGCAGAACCCAGGGUGGGGUAACACGACGAUCCCAAUCCACGUGGACGGGGCCUCGGGUGGCUUCGUCGUGCCCUUUGCGUUCUCUGAGAAGCAGAUGGCCGCCUUCAAGCUAGCGCGCUGGGGUUUCAACCACCCCCGUGUGGUGAGCAUCAACACUUCGGGCCACAAGUUCGGGCUCACCACGCCCGGGCUGGGCUGGAUCCUGUGGAAGGACGACGAAUACCUGCUGCCCGAGCUGCGCUUCAAGCUGACGUACCUCGGCGGUGUCGAGGAGACGUUCAACCUCAACUUCUCGCGCCCCGGGUUCCAAGUCAUCCACCAGUACUACAACUUCCUGACGCUGGGCGAAAAGGGCUACAAGAGCCUGUUCGACAAGGCGCUGUUCACGGCACGCACCUUCAGUCACGCACUGUUGGAAAGCGACGAGUUCAAGGGCCACUUCGAGGUCGUCAGCAGCAUCCACGAGCGCAUUGACGGCGGUGAGUCUCGCCUGCACGACUACAUGACCGAGCCCGAGAGCUUCAAACCGGGCGUGCCCCUGGUCGCGUUCAAGCUUUCGAAGCAGUUCCACGAGAAAUACCCGGAGAUCCCACAGGCGCUGGUGUCGUCGCUGCUGCGCAGCCACGGCUGGAUUGUGCCCAACUAUCCACUGCCCGCGUCGACGGACGGCUCCGACAAGUGGGAAGUGCUGAGAGUCGUGUUCCGCUCCGAGAUGAGCUUGGACCUGGCCCAGCUACUGCUGAGCCACAUCUUGCGGGCCCUGCGGAAGCUGGUGAAGUGCUACGAAGGCGUGGCUGAGACCGCGGACGUGGACCAGCGCCGCGACGCCAUCUACCGCAUGCUUUUGACGCUGGCGGAGCCUGAGGGCGCAGAACCCUCCGAGGAAGAUGCCAAGAAGCGCCGGAAGAACUACCGCGGCACGUGCUAG